UAGACUACGCCCAAUAACUUGCUGAGGAACAGCAACACAGGCAAAAGGGACUUUACCAAGAUCAAGAUUUGGAGGAAAAAUGGCACUUCUCCUGGGCCUUCUCUGCACCUUGUGCCUGGUUGGGCAAGUUCUUGGCCAGGACAUAACUCAUGAGGAAUAUUUGGCCCAGAUCCAAGCCUGCCCUCGGGAGUGUAGCUGUCCCCCCAACUUCCCUCGUGCUGUCUACUGUGACAAUAAGGGCAUGAAGAGUAUUCCCAAAAUUCCUCCAUACACAUGGUAUCUUUACCUGCAGAACAAUUUAAUCGAAGUGCUGUCAGCAGAUGCCCUUCGUAACGCCACACAGCUGCGCUGGCUGAACCUGAACCGCAACAAAAUCACUAGUGAAGGAGUGGAAGAAGGUGUCCUAAGUACAAAGCCUAACCUGGCGCACCUCUACAUGGAUGACAACCUCUUGUCCUCUGUGCCAUCUGCCCUUCCAGCCAGCCUGGAGUCUCUACGUCUGUCCCGCAAUCGCAUCUCCAAGAUCCCUCCUGGUGUCUUCAUUGGUCUGGAUAAACUUAACCUCUUGGACCUCCAGGCGAACAAGCUGAUGGAUGAUGCUGUGACCGAGGUGAGCCUGAAAGGUCUAAACAACUUGGUGCAGAUCAAUCUGGCCAAGAACCAGCUGAAUAGCAUGCCUAUUGGCUUACCUCCCACCACUACCCAGCUUUUCCUUGAUGGCAACAACAUUGAGAAGAUCCCCGCUGGCUACUUCAAAGGUUUACCGAAAGUGGCCUUUCUGAGGCUCAACUACAACAAGCUUGGCAGCAGUGGAGUUCCCAGAGAUGUGUUUAAUGUCUCCAGCAUUUUGGAUUUGCAGCUUUCCCACAACCAGCUGACUGAGGUUCCCCUCAUUCCCGCUGGCCUUGAACACCUUCACCUCGACCACAACAAUAUAAAAAGUGUAAGUGGCGCAAACAUCUGUCCUGUCGACGUUGAGACUAUGGAAGACUCCGCCAACGAAAGUGUUCCUCGCCUGCGCUACCUCAGACUGGACGGCAAUGACAUUAAGCCACCAAUUCCCAGAGAUGUCAUUCUGUGCUUCCGUCUCCUGACGUCCAUUGUCAUCUAAGAUUAAAAGAAUCAGCAUGUUCUAAGAAAAUCCAACUUUUCUCAAAAAUGUUGAUUAUCUGUGAAUAUGGCAUGAGUAAUAUUUGCACCUAUGAAAGUUUCUUCAGUUCCAGAUACUAUUUACAUUUUUCAGAAAAAUUCUAACUAAAAAGAAAGUACAACAUUUACAACGAACAAAAGAUUUAAAAACGAUUGGCACUUUGUUGACCACUACUUGUGCCUUAUGUUGGUGUAACAUCUUUACAUACAAUUCAGAAUUACAAUCUGAUUGUAAUGUAGUAUGUAGUGAUUAAGAUGGAUAGGAGAA